UCAAAGUUAACAACAGCAAAUAAUGACAUCUAAAGAAGAUGCGAAAUGCUCUGCCGUAGAAGAAAGAAGACGAAGUCCGCUGGAUCUUCUCCCGCCGCCAGCAAAUUCGAACAAGCCUCUCACUCCAUUCAGUAUAGAGGACAUUCUCAACAAACCCUCAGUCAAGCGAAGUUACACAAUUUGCGGAACAGCACACCUUAUUUCCUCUGCUGAAAAGCACCCUCCACCGGGUCUUCCUCUGUCCAGUCGGUCUCUUCUUUCCCAGACAUCUCCGCUUUGCGCCCUCGAAGAGCUGGCAAGCAAAACGUUCAAAGGGCUCGAAGUGAGCGUUCUUCAGGCUGCUGAAGGGAGGGACGGAAUGACAUUGUUUGGGCAAAGGAACACUCCUAAAAAGCGAAGGAAGUCAAGAACGGCGUUCACCAAUCAUCAAAUCUAUGAACUUGAGAAAAGAUUUUUGUAUCAGAAAUACUUGUCUCCCGCUGACCGAGAUCAAAUCGCCCAGCAACUAGGGUUAACGAACGCCCAAGUCAUCACAUGGUUUCAAAACCGCAGAGCCAAACUCAAGAGGGAUUUAGAAGAAAUGAAAGCGGACGUGGAAUCGGCUAAGGCUGUUGGUUCGGUACCUUUGGAGAAAAUAGCCAAACUGGCUGACCUGGAGAAAUGCGCCAACGGAACACUGGGAAAUCCAAGAACCGACUCCCCUACGCUAUCAAACCACGAGCAGGACAUGUCAAACAAACUGCGGCUGUCUCCGCUGUCCCCAUACACUGACAACACAACAAGUAAAGAAUGUUCAGAGGACGAGGACGUUGAAAUUGACGUCGAUGACUGA